UGCCGUUAUUUUAUUUCUUUUCUACCCUAAAAUAAUUAUUUUUUGAGUAUUUCUACCCCAUGGCACUUCCUAAUCUGUGGAAGAUCUACUCUUCAUUCCGUACACCCGAAGAAGAAAGACAGUUCUCUCGCUCUGCAUUUUUCAAGUUUAGUGGCUACAUUCUGUCUUGUAUUGCAAUGACAGUAUUUGCAUCUCGAUAUAGCCAGAAACACAAGUUCAUAUGCUAAAGCCUAUACCUGGUUACAACAUGUCAUACCUAAUAUUUCUGUGAUUUGAUAAUGCUCCGCCUGAAAUAAUCGAAAAAAUAAAAUAAAAUUAAAAAUCUGUUUUUUUUUUAAUUGUUCUACUUUAU